AUAUCUUUAAAUGAUUGCCUGUUCAAUCUAUGAUACUGACGGAACUGUUCAGGAUCUUCUACUGCUAGCUCUCUCAAUAAAUUAUCACAGACGAUGAUGAUGAAACUUUAUUAAAAGUGGGUAACAGGUGACACAACAAGUGUGAAAAACUUGUGGCAAAUGGCUAAUAGCAAAUGGUUAAUGGCAAAUGGCUUGCUAAACAGCAAAAUGACGUUUUUUACUAUCAAAAGAUUGUAAUUAAUAGUACCAACGGCUAUAUCUGUACCAAGUUACAUUAUUUCAAGUUAAUGCAACAGUCAAUUGAAACACCACAAAUGUUAAAUUGACUCUCCAGUCUAUGAGGGUGAGCUUAUGUCAACAUUUCCGAGAUUUAUAGCAUGAUUUUAAAUAGCCAAUAAAUUAGCAGGUGUUAUUUUUUCUUGUUAGUAUAGAGGCAGAAUCACGAGAAAGAAUUUUCAAAAUUGCCAUCUCCAGCUGCUAACAAAACAGUUGCUUAUUGUAAAAUGCACGAGAAUAUUAGACCAUCAACUGAAGGGUUGAACAUGGGAACAAAUUAUUCGCAUUCGACUCAUCAUUCAAAACCAAUAGUUGAAGAAAGUGGUGGACAAGCGAUCACUCAGUUCGAUGUGUUGAGUGGUGAGACUGCUGUUUUAAUACAAGAUGAAGACAAUGGUAGUAGUACUGUCAAUGAUUGUCAUUCGAAUCGUUUGAGCAGCAAUUACGGUUUGCUAUCUUCCCUAAAUUAUGUAAAGAUUUUCAUUACGAAAAUCUUCUGGUUUAUUGUAUCAUUUUAUCAGCGCCAUACUUUUGAUUGAGUCAAAACUACCGUGGUGUUCUGUUAAACAGGUAAAGGUUUUGGUUGAACCGACAUGAUGAAAUUCUAUUGCAUUAAAGUGCACUUAAUCGGAUACUCAGUAGCAUCAGUAUAAUCAAUUAAAUGACAUUCAACAUCAUUAGCUAUUUAACAAAUAGAUAAUAUUUAGCCGUAGUUUCUACAGUUAUAGAUGCACUGGUAUGACGUCAUUUGUGAUAAGAACUGAUAAAGUUAAAUGGUUAAAUGCUACCUAUUUGUUUUAUAUAAUAAAAUAAAAAUUCCCAAAUUAAA